GCUUGAUGCCGUUUCUGUCGAAAAACAUCUUUUUUCUUAGCAAGUUCGAGCUGCAGAUCACCUGCUUCUGUAUGCUCUUCAUCAGCGGGGUGUCCGGUUUUGUGAGCAUUUUCAAGUCGGGCUUUGAGACGAAAAACUGUACGUUCUGGAGUCUGUUCGCUUUCAAAUUAAUGCACCUGCCUCGUGGAAUUUGCCCGUGUUUCGGUCGUUCGCGGGUUCUGCUGGUGGUACUACGGACUGUGUGUCCUUAUGCCCCAGAUAUAUGCGGAGACAGCGGACAGCAUUUCAGUACGGAUUACCCUGAUUUUCGUUGCGAUCCUCAUCCUGAUGUCAAUGUUCACUUUGCUCAUCACCGUCAUGCAAGUGACAUCUCUCAUCAAGUGGCUCCCGCGGUCGGUCGACGACGCGCGCGGAACGCACACCAAGGAACUACACGCCACGACAGUUGCCGGCGCGGCGGUUGUCCCGCACGGUGGGUAUCGGCUCAGCGGAGAAUUGGCUGGUCUGGUAAAGGGCGAAAUAGCUGACGCGCACGCGGAAGUUCAAAGGAUUUCUCAGCGAGCGUCGCAGCGAUUCAGUCGGAUUUCGUCAUCGAUCCAAAUGACCCAGGUGCCGAAAAAGUCAGACAGGGCGAUUGGGAAAAAGGACGAUUGAUGAGGUCCAGCUUGAUGUUGAUGUUGAACAGAAACAGAAAGUCAAAGUGCACAGGAACAGGAACACAAUUUUCGCACAAAAUAACAUUGCCGCUCUCUCUAAUCCUCUUCCUCGUAGUAGUUGGAAGGGAUGUAAGUUACCAUUUGUAUAUUCACCUACCAAGAAGGUACUCAUAUUUCUGAAUAAUACUUCUGGUUCUGCCGUCGUGCACAACGAACUAUGAAUGUGAGAAUAAGUAU